AUGGUAUUUGAGUCGAUUGAGAAUCAGGAGGCGAUCGGUGAUGGUGGUCAUGAAUGUAACAGUACAUCUUUUGAACAUGAAGCUUCGAUUGAUAGCAAUGACGUUUCCUUUCAUCGAACAGUUGGUGCGCUUCACAUUGCUCUUAAUCGCGUGAGCAAGUGGUGUAUUCUUGUAAGCUUUGGCGGAUUCAUUCUCUUGAGAGAUGAUAAUCAAGCAUUAUGGGCUGUUCUAGGUUCUGUUCUAAACGUCGUUUUAUCAUUCACUCUGAAGAAGAUUAUAAAUCAAGAACGACCUGUUUCUGAAGUGUAUUGUGGCCCUGGAAUGCCAUCUUCACAUGCUCAAUCCAUUUCGUUUGCCACCAUUUUCAUGAUUCUUUCAAGUAAUUUGAAAUCCCCUUCCAAUUUAUCGCUCGAAGUACGAAGGACCAUCCUCGAUUUCUCCUUCUCUUCCCCUGUUCAUCCCCAUCUCCCUUCAUGGCUUAUGCGCUUGAACUAUUCUCCAUCUAUUGAUUUUUUGUGA